AUGUUCGCGCGCACACCUCGUUUUCUCGCUGAUCUUCCUUCGAACCUCAUCAUUCCUACAGACGUUCAACAUUAUCAGGACACGAUGACACAAUUUAUCGAGCAUGUUAAAAUUGCGGCUCGAUAUAAUAACCUUAAACAUCAACGUAUAGCUAAAGAACGAUACGAUCGUAAUCGUUCAAACCCGCAAUAUAUCGUUGGUCAACACGUUUUAAUCCGUAAUCGCGUUUCAUCUGCUAAUAAAUUUUCUUCUAAAUUUAUCGGUCCGUACAUAGUUAUCAAUAAGCUCAAUGAAAAAACAUAUCUGGUACAACAUUCUACAACUGAUCAUCGAGCACAAGUAACAGUAAAAGAUAUUAGAUCGCUUAAUUGA